AUGAACUUGGAUCUGUUUGAUGGACUGGACUUGAACAAUGCGUUCCGCAUUACUAACUUGGUCGUUUCUGGAUUAGCUGUGUUGGCAGGAUUAUCUCAAUUGUUCAGUGGAAUACAUUCAUUUCUAGUAGGAGUAUACGUUAUCGCCUUUGGUGGUAUCAUUGGAUUAUUGGAGUUUAGAGUUCCAGCCGAGGCUUACGCUUAUGGGUCCUUCUUGUUCUCGUUUAUCGGACGAGGUGUUUUCUACACUUUGAUUGGUGUGAGUAUAAAUGGAGCUAGCAUUUUCAGAGUGUUUGCUGCACUCAUCAUUUUUGUUGUUGGUUUGGUAUAUAUUGGGUUGGAGGCUAUUCCUAGCAUUUCUCCUCCUGAGAACAUGAACCCAGAGGGAAUCUCCAUUGGUAUCAAUGACGAAGAUAUCGUCUGAGAAGGGGGAAAAGCUACAGGGCUGCCGCGGUAUUCCCAGUAAUUACAAAGUAGUGUGAAAGUGUAGGUUUAGUAUUGGACUAAUAGAUGCUGAUGUCUGAGUAG